GGCGCAGGCGCUGCCCCCGCACUGCCCGUAGGCUGCGCAGACGUCAUUCUAUGCAGACGUUUGUUUUUCACUCUAUAUUGUGGCUGCGCAGGGAUAGAGUGUAUGUAUGUAGCAAGGGAACGGUGGAUUGGCAGCGACUCGGGUGCGUUAGCGCAGGCUUACUGGUCUUACGCACGUAGGCUUUUAGAAAGAACUGCGUAGCGGCCCGCCGUGAAGAUGGCCAAUAGAAGCUCGGACCGAGAGAAGAAAGCUUUACAGGACGAAAUCUCGUAUCUGUCACGUUUGAUUGCUCGCCAUCAACACACGUCAAAACCACGUGGAGGAGCGCAAAUAAGGACUUCUAACCGCUACACAAAAGUCAACGCACAUGAAGCUCAGGCCCAGAGCAACGUGGGGAUGCCAAGAAAUCUUGCCAGAGCUCUGAACGUGGGCGCGCCGAUUACUACCAGUGUCGGAAGCAUCGGCAACAUCUGUUCUCGCGCGAUGCAUCACGCGCCCACUACCCACAGGACCCCACCACAAGGCACCAGGAGGAGGUCUUUGUCAACAGUUGUGCACAAGAGUAGGUACACACUGAAGAAACUUCAUACUGGACUCGCUUCCACUGAGAAGCCAGCGUUUAAACCCACAACAGCGCCUCCGAAAACAGUACAAAGUACCGCACCAGUUAUUGGCACCAGCACACCACUGUCACUCUACGGGUCCUCUAGGCGACUUUCAGCCGGGAAAUACGUGUAUUGCAGGAAGAAUGCAGUGAAUGGAACUGGACUGCAUACUGCAUGUUCGGUGACUCCAACUGGCUCCGCAGGGAGAACACCCAGACAACUUGUGUCGACCUACAAGCUUGUUCGGAACAAAUCAAAAGUUGCUACACCAGUCAAGAGUCCAAGUUCAAACCUCACUUGUAUUGGUGCCAGGCGCAUUGUGAAAAAGUAUAAGGUGAACAAUGUAAAUAGGUCAAGAGCUCCACUGCAGAGGCCACUUCGAUCUCAGUACGGAAACUCUACAGCUGUAUCUACAAUGAAGCUGUCUUGGCCUCCGUCUUACUCAACCACCCAUUACUUCCAUGGUCAGAAAAGGAAAAGCUCUGGCAAACCUACUUCAAGUGCAGGCUCAUCUCAAGCCCACUACAUAAAGAUAGGAAAUAUUACAUACAGAGCUUCAAGAAACAAACUUUCUAGAACAUUCAAGAGAUCCCUCUCUUGUAGUCCUGUUUCUCACAAAGCCUCCCCACGUCAUGAGCGAGUACUAGCAGUGCGAGGCUCUGUCUACAUGAUGGAUGCAGCUGGGAAAAUGCUUCGCCGCAUCUCGCAGCCGCAGUGCAAUUCAGAGCAGACAAAUGGCCGAACUCGAAUUGACGUUGGUGGAAAGACCUAUAUUGAAUGGAAACCAGGAGUGCUUUCUCAAACACCAUCUGCAGAGACAAGAACUUACCUCAAUCGUACUGUUAACCGCAGCAUUCACAGGGUACGGAAUGUCGACAGCAGCCGGAAGCUAAAGCGGAAAUCAUAUUGUAUGUUCUUCAAUCGAUUUGGGCGCUGCAAUAAGGGUGGCAAAUGUGCUUACAUUCAUGAUCCUGAAAAAGUGGCUGUUUGCACAAGAUUUCUACGUGGAACCUGCAAGGUGUCCGAUUGCCCAUUUUCUCACAAAAUUGCACCAGAGAAAAUGCCAGUGUGUUCCUUCUUUUUGAAAGGGCGAUGUACCAAUGACCCUUGCCCAUAUCGGCACGUCAAAGUCAACUCAAAGGCAGCAGUGUGCAAGGACUUCGCUGUUCAUGGAUUUUGUGCUGACGGAAUCAAGUGCAAAAAGCAACACAUCCUUAUUUGUCCUGAGUAUGCUGCCAACAAAAAGUGUCCAAGGGGAAAGAAGUGCUACUUGUCGCACCGUGUUCGGGGUACAAAGCGCAAGCACGAAGAAAACUCUUCAGAAGGUGCUACUAAGGACUGUAGCAUGCCUGUUGUGCCAUUGAAGGUGCUGAAACAAAGCGCAAGCUGUGCUGGGCCUAGCAGCACUAUGGAAGAUGAGCAGGGAAGUCGGAAGAUGGCACAAGCUCCUCACUUCAUACCACUUGAGUCUAGUCCCCAUUUGGCCACAUCUUCGGGUACUCGGAAGACCUUGACUGGCAUUCGGAUUCGGCCCAACUUCCUCUCAUAAAUUCCAGUGGCUCCGGUUUGGUAAGAUGGUUCUGUGAUAAAUACAUGAAAUGCACAUUUCACGUACAUUAGUAGAGUUUAUGUUUUGGUAUUUGCACACCUCAUGGUUUUGAGCAAAUAAAGUAACAGUUUACACAUGUC